AUGUAUCCAGUUUCUCCUUCUCAGAUCAUGAUUGAGUUCACAGCAAAUUUUGGAUGGCUUGUCUUUGAUGUAUUCUUUGAUGACAAAUUUGUUAUUGAUUGGAAUUAUUCUUUUGUUAAAAUAUGGUUUCUAUGCUCUGUCCGUUCUGAUCAACGGCACAUCCUUUUCUCCCCUCUUCUUCUCCCCUCUUCUCCUCCCUUCUUCUCUUCUCUUCUUCUCUCCUCUUCUUCUCCCCUCUCCUUCUCCUCUCUUCUUCUCCUCUCUUCUUCUCCCCUCUUCUUCUCUUCUCUUCUCUUCUUCUCCUCUCUUCUUCUCCCCUCUUCUUCUCCCCUCUUCUUUCCUCUCUUCUUCUCCUCUUCUUCUCCUCCUCCUCUCUUCUUCUCCCCUUCUUCUUCUUCUUCUCCCCCUCUUCUUCUCCUCUCUCCUCCUCCUCCUCUCUUCUCCCUCUUCUUCUUCUCCCUCUUCUCCUCCCUUCUUCUCUUCUCUUCUUCUCCCUCUUCUUCUCCCCUCUCCUUCUCCUCUCUUCUCCCUCUUCUUCUCCCUCUUCUUCUCUUCUCUUCUUCUCCUCCCUUCUUCUCCUCUCUUCUUCUCCCUCUUCUUCUCCCCUCUUCUUCUCCUCUCUUCUUCUCCCUCUUCUUCUCCCCUCUUCUUCUCCCUCUUCUUCUCCCUUCUUCUCCCCUUUCUUCUCUUCUCUUCUUCUCCUCCUUCUUCUCCUCUUCUUCUCCUCUCUUCUUCUCCCUCUUCUUCUCCCCUCUUCUUCUCCCCUCUUCUUCUCCCCUCUUCUUCUCCUCCUUUCUUCUUCUCCCUCUUCUUCUCCCCUCCUUCUCCUCUUCUCUUCUCUUCUUCUCCUCUUCUUCUUCCCCUCCUUCUCCUCUCUUCUUCUCCCCUCUUCUUCUCCUUCUCUUCUUCUCCUCCCUUCUUCUCCUCUCUUCUUCUCCCUCUUCUUCUCCUCCUUCUUCUCCUCUCUUCUUCUCCCUCUUCUUCUCCCCUCUUCUUCUCCCUUCUUCUCUUCUUCUCUUCUUCUCCUCUUCUUCUCCUCCCUCUCUUCUUCUCCCCUCUUCUUCUCCCCUCUUCUUCUCCCCUCUUCUUCUCCUCUCUUCUUCUCCCCUCUUCUUCUCCCCUCUUCUUCUCCCCUCUUCUCCUCCCUUCUUCUCUCUCUUCUUCUCCCUCUUCUUCUCCCCUCUCCUUCUCCUCUCUUCUUCUCCCCUCUUCUUCUCCCCUCUUCUUCUCUUCUCUUCUUCUCCUCCCUUCUUCUCCUCUCUUCUUCUCCCCUCUUCUUCUCCUCUCUUCUUCUCCUCUCUUCUUCUCCUCUCUUCUUCUCCCCUCUUCUUCUCCCCUCUUCUUCUCCUCCUUCUUCCCCUCUUUUCCCCCCUUCUUCUCCUCUCUUCUUCCCCACUCUUCUUCCACCUCCUCUCUUCUUCUCCCCUCUUCUUCUCCCCUCUUCUUCUCUUCUCUUCUUCUCCUCCUUCUUCUCUCUCUUCUUCUCCUCUCUUCUUCUCCCCUCUUCUUCUCCUCUUCUUCUCCUCUCUUCUUCUCCCCUCUUCUUCUCCCCUCUUCUUCUCCUCCCUUCUUCUCCCCUUUCUUCUCCUCUCUUCUUCUCCCCUCUUCUUCUCCACUCUUCUUCUCCUCCCUUCUUCUCCCCUCUUCUUCUCCUCUCUUCUUCUCCCCUCUUCUUCUCCUCUCUUCUUCUCCCCUCUUUUUCUCCUCUUCUCCUCCUCCCUUCUUCUCUCUCUUCUUCUCCCCUCUUCUUCUCCCCUGUUCUCCCCUCUUCUUCUCCUCUGUUUCUUCUCUCCUCUUCUUCUCCUCUCUUCUUCUCCCUCUUCUUCUCCCCCUCUUUUCUCCUCCCUUCUUCUCCCCUUUCUUCUCCUCUCUUCUUCUCCCCCUUCUUCUCCUCUCUCUUCUUCUCCUCCUCUUCUCCUCUUCUUCUCCUCCUCCUCUCUUCUUCUCCUCUUCUUCUCCUCCGUUCUUCUCCCCUCUUCUUCUCUCCUCUUCUUCUCUUCCUCUCUUCUUCUCCCCCCUCCUCCUCCUCUCUUCUUCUCCCCUCUUUUUCUCCUCCCUUCUUCUCCCCUCUUCUUCUCCCCUCUUCUUCUUCUCUUCUUCUCUUCCUUCUCUUCUCCCCUUCUUCUCCCCUCUUCUUCUCCUCUCUUCUUCUCCUCUCUUCUUCUCCCCCUUCUUCUCCCCCCUUCUUCUCCCCUCUUCUUCUCCCCUCUUCUCUGCCUGUUCUCUGAUCCUCUAUUUGGCCUCUCCUUCUAUCUAACCUCUGUUCUGAUAGCAGUCCUUUUUAUUGAAAAAGUAAUCGUGAGUCAUAUCUAUCUAUCUAUCUAUCUAUCUAUCUAUCUAUCUAUCUACCUAUCUAUCUAUCUAUCUAUCUAUCUAAAUUUAUGA